CUCAUACUUGUCUGAAUGCUUUUGGUUUCCUGGUAGUCCCAGUGGGUUGAAUUUCCGGACCCUUGAUCAUUCCGGGCUGUUGCUGGCCCUCUCACACCAGGAGACCAGUGAAGUAUAUGAGAAGCCCUGCCUGCACCCGUUUCAAGUCUGGAUUAAGUAACUGCAAUCUUUGCAACUACCGUUUCUCACCCCCUUCAUUUGCAGUUGCCUCCAGACUGUUUCUGCCCCUGCCCCAAGGGUUCCUUUGAAAACAGGAGUCAAAGGAUAUCUCUCCUCCUCCCAAUUACCAAGCUUGGCUUUUCCGAUCAGCUGGAGUGAAAACCAAACUCCAGGAGAAUGAUAUAAAUCUGACCCACAUCGAAUCAAGACCUUCACGUUUAAAGAAAGAUGAGUAUGAGUUCUUUACCAACCUGGAUAAAGGCAGCAUGCCUGCUCUGGCCAACAUCGUCAAGACCUUGAAACACGAGAUUGGUGCCACGGUGCAUGAACUUUCCCGAGACAAGAAGAAAGACACAGUGCCCUGGUUCCCGAGAACCAUUCAGGACCUGGACCAAUUUGCCAACCAGAUUCUCAGCUACGGAGCGGAACUGGACGCAGACCACCCCGGUUUUAAAGAUCCCGUGUACCGAGCGAGACGGAAGCAGUUUGCUGACAUAGCCUACAACUACCGACAUGGGCAGCCCAUCCCACGAGUGGAGUACACAGAGGAGGAAAAGAAAACGUGGGGGAUGGUGUUCAGGACCCUGAAGACCUUGUACAAAACCCACGCUUGCUACGAGCACAAUCACAUCUUCCCGCUGCUGGAGAAGUACUGCGGCUUCCGUGAAGAUAACGUGCCCCAGCUGGAAGAGGUUUCUCAGUUCCUGCAGUCUUGCACUGGCUUCCGCCUCCGACCCGUGGCUGGCCUGCUUUCCUCUCGGGAUUUCCUGGGUGGCCUGGCCUUCCGAGUCUUCCACUGUACCCAGUACAUCAGACACGGGUCCAAACCCAUGUAUACACCUGAACCUGACAUCUGCCAUGAACUGUUGGGACACGUGCCCUUGUUUUCAGAUCGCAACUUUGCCCAGUUUUCCCAGGAGAUUGGCCUCGCCUCGUUGGGUGCACCUGAUGAGUAUAUUGAGAAACUUGCCACAAUUUACUGGUUUACUGUGGAGUUUGGGCUCUGCAAAGAAGGAGACUCCAUAAAGGCAUAUGGUGCUGGGCUCCUGUCAUCUUUUGGUGAAUUACAGUAUUGCUUGUCUGGCAAGCCAAAGCUCCUCCCCCUGGACCUGGAGAAGACAGCUGUCCAGGAGUACACGGUCACAGAGUUCCAGCCCCUGUAUUAUGUGGCCGAAAGUUUUAAUGAUGCCAAGGAGAAAGUAAGGAGCUUUGCUGCUACAAUUCCGCGGCCGUUCUCUGUUCAUUAUGACCCAUAUACCCAAAGGAUUGAGGUCUUGGACAAUACCCAGCAACUUAAGAUUUUGGCUGACACCAUCAAUAGUGAAGUUGGAAUCCUUUGCAGUGCCCUCCAGAAAAUAAAGUGAAGCUAUAGACAGAACCGGGUCUGUCAACUGAGAAUCUGUUGUUGGAAAUCCAACUACUUCUUUUAUUUGAAAAUGUCUGAAAAUCAAAUUUUAAUUUGAAAUGAAAUGAUAACUUUAAGUCAUUUUUUGAACAAGAUGAGGAUUAACAAAUAAAUCUAAAUAAUCUGAAAUGACAGUAUAUUAAUACAUACCCAUAAGCAUAAUGAUAGAUCUUUUGGGACUAUCUUUGAUUUAGAGAUGAUAAUCACAUACUCUCAAUUGAGUAAGAUUAAUAAUAUCUCACAUUUAAUCCAAGUUAAUUAAAAUUUGUGACCUGCUUCUUCCAACCUUCAUAGUCACCAUGGAAAAUUCCUAAAGGAGUAGCUAUCACUUGGUGAUUGAACUUUUGGAUUUAAAAUAACUCUUAGCUUACAAAGGUUCUUUUCUAUUUCAGUCAACUGUGAUUCUAAUAACUGCUUUGUUAUGUUAUAUUACCUAUGAAGAUUUUUUAAAAUUCAGAAUCCUAUUAAAUGGUUAUAAACAUUAAAGUUCAUAGUGUAAUAUCAAAA